CAGUUACUUACGAAACUACUCCCGCGGACUACUCUCAAGACAGGUACCGGACAGGGCGAGACCGCCGCCCGUCUGGUAGCCGCUCCACUAGCCUCAGUCAAGCGCAGAAGGACGAGCCAUCCCCCGCGCGUGUGCAAUGCAACAACAAGAUCGACGUGCAAGCCACGCAGACGUGUACAGAGCCAACAGUGAAGGAUGUCCCGACUAACAGACGGACAUCUCACUACAAAGGGAUGGACAGGGAGGCCGACGAAAAGGAGAGAAAGUUCAACGAAGAGGAGAGGAAGGUCGAUAGACAAGAAGAACAACCAAGGACGACCGCUGUAAGUACCGCUGUCAGUCUCUGUCCAACGGUCUCUCCUCCACGCCCAGGCUCUGCCCUUCUGACCCCGUUCGACCCAUCCUCCUCUCUGCUCUCCCAUUCCGCACACACGUCCGUCCUCAAUGCGCCUAGACCCCCGAGCAGUUCCGGCUCGCUCGACGUACAGCUAUCACUCGGUGCACCCUCGUCCGAUGUGUCUACGCCGCCGCUGUUCACUCACCCUCGCUCUCCGUCGUCUGACCCGUGCUUUAGCCUCUUCAAGGCGACUCAGAGUGCGGGUGGCCUAGAAGACGAAAGCCGGAUCGUGCGAGAUCGCCGCACAUCCGGUAGCCGUGCCACUACUGCCGGCUUAGCCAGGGCAUGGUCUCCGACUAGUAAAGAUCCCCGAGUGGUACGAACCGGUCACGGGCUAGCAAGUGGAGGGUCGAUAGACGUGAGCCCGCAAUGCAACCAGGUCGACAAGGAGGCGGCUGCUCAGCUAGGUAGCAAACACGUAGACAAGCGAGGAGUAGCGGAGCCCCCCUCACGUUGCACACCCUCGGCCGCACAUCGGACAUCGUCACCCGCCUAUGGAAUACCCCGCGCGAGCGACUCCCAGGACGAAUACAGGGCUGUGCGAGUUUGCCGCGCGCCCAGUAACCGCUCCAUACGCCCGUCCUCGUCAACGCCUCCUCAGCUCGACUCGUCCGCUCAGGUACACGGUCGCUCCGUAUGUGCACUCGCUCUCAACCUGUCGGCAUCCCAUGAUCACGAUGGUCACUCCCCACCGGUUUCGACAAUCACAACCACAGCCUCGUGCGGCGUCAUUCCACUCUCGCACGGUUCAUCCAGGCCCAGCUGCAAUAGCAGCGUGCGAGCAGAUUCGUCUGCACGAGCGGCGCAAGCUCCAUCCCCCGCUUCUCGCACUGACCUCUCGUCUUCGUCCAUUCCGCCCUCGCAUCCCUCGACGAGCAUGAUCGCGGUCUCAUCCUCUCGCCAUGUCUAUAUACCCACACCGUCUCUGCAUCACUCGACAGCCUGCUUAGUCACCCACUCUGGCAGUUCGCAACACGGAUAUGAGGUCGAGCGAGAUUGCCGCAAACCUCGUACCUGUCCUGCAUCUACCAGGUCUGUGCGGGCAGCCGAACCUGUGGUCCUUCGAGUUCCUCAUCCCUCUACGCAUUCGUCUGUGUCCCACGAGCACGAUCAUCGCACCCUGUUCGGCUCGAGGACAAGCAUGGAUUCUCCCUCUCGCCGUGUUCAUCCAUCGGCGCUCGACUCGCCUAUGCCAGUUCACGAUCGCAGCGCCCAUGUGGCCCUGUCUACACGAGUCGAGCAGGCUCCUUCCUUCGUAUCUCACGCUGAUUUCUCAACCUCGUCCUUCUCGUCCUCGCAUCACUCAGCAGCCUCGCACUUGCAGGCCGUAAUGGCCACCCACUCCUCUCGUGCUGAUGUCCCAUCUUUGCCUGCCUCACGCCGCAACUGGUCAGUCGCUCAUGAAGGUUCUCGCUCAGGUGGCUUCAAGUUGCAAGACGAAUACGAGGUAGCGCGAUAUUGCCGCGCGCCUCGUAGCCACCCAGUACCUUAUGCGAACAUCAAUGAAUCAUAUCGUGAGCAAUGUCAAGCCGACGUUCGUGCAUUUCACGAGAAGCAUGAGGCCGAAGCACGAGUGCAACUUGAAACACGUCGCACACGAGAUGGGGUUCUCAAUGACGAGAAAGCAAUGAUCGAGUAUGUGCAAGCCCGAGCCAACGAGCACCGCGAAAGAGAGCGAGCGAGAGCAUCAUACCACUAGUUCUCCUGGCCAUCCACCCUUGUCCAUUGCACACCUUCCUUUCGUAACCACUGCCCCUUCUUCCCUAUGGAAUCUCAAGCCGAAACUCCCCUCAGAUCGU